GGAGUGAGGAUCUCCGCUGCACAGUCGCGCUGCAUAUGACUGUGGAUGUUUGUGUGUUAUACCAACAACUCGGUCAAGCCUUGUGAAAACGUGAAUACACGUUCCUUCUACUCGUGAUUUGCAAGUGAAUAUGCUGAGUAUCAGGGCAGAGGAAACCUGCUGCUGAAAGUCAGUAGAAGCGCACAGGUUUCAUUGGAGAAAGUGCUCUCGCUUUACCCUAGUGGGAAAGAUAUAUUACGGAUUCUGCGCGCAGUUGCUUAUUCUGAGGACAAUAUGCCUCAGACGUCACCGCUGACAGGCAUGCUGGUCUCCAGUGGUUACAACAAGAACCAGAGCCAGACCAAGGAAGAGGGACUGUAUUACCAUGACAACACCCUGGUGUCCGGCUCGCUUGAGGCCCUCAUCCACCACCUUGUCCCCAGCAUGGACUACUACCCUGACAGAACAUACAUCUUCACCUUCCUGCUCUCCUCUCGUCUGUUCAUCCACCCCUACGAGCUCAUGUCCAAAGUCUGUCACCUGUGUAUGGAACAGCAGAGACUGAGUGACCCUCAGGCAGACAAGAUGAGGAUCAGGAAGUUGACGCCCAAGAUACUCCAGCUGCUUCAGGAGUGGACGGAGACGUUCUCCUACGACUUCAGAGACGAGAGGAUGAUGAGGGGCUUGAAGGAGCUGACCCAACGCCUGUCCUCAGGGGACGAGCCCGUGAAGAAGAAGCAGCGAGCGCGAGUCAUGGAGUUCUUCAUCGACGUGGCGCGGGAAUGUUUCAACAUCGGCAACUUCAACUCCCUGAUGGCCAUUAUCUCUGGGAUGAACAUGAGUCCUGUCUCUCGACUGAAGAAGACCUGGAGCAAAGUCAAGACGGCCAAGUUUGACAUCUUGGAGCACCAAAUGGACCCUUCCGGUAACUUCUACAAUUACAGAACGGCGUUGAGAGGAGCGACACAGAGGUCCAGAACAGCCAACAGCACGAGAGAGAAGAUUGUUAUCCCGUUCUUCAGCCUACUGAUUAAAGACAUCUACUUCCUGAACGAGGGAUGCUCCAACAGGAUGCAGAAUGGUCACGUUAACUUUGAGAAAUUCUGGGAGAUGGCGAAGCGGGUCAGCGAGUUCAUGGUUUGGAAGAAGGUGGAGUGUCCGUUUGAGAAGGACCGCAAAAUCCUCCAGUACCUGCUCACCGCACCGGUUUUCAGCGAGGACACUCUGUAUCUGGCCUCUUAUGAGAGUGAAGGCCCUGAGAACCACAUGGAGAAGGACAGAUGGAAGUCUCUGAGAUCCACUCUGCUAAGUAGAGUCUAGAGCUUCUGAACAGAACCAUGUCAAACCCAUCUUGACAACCAAGCCUUACCCUGCGGUGAUGUCCGAAUAGCAGUGUCCCUGUUUGGAAGAGAAACAACGAUCUGUACUGUACUAUUCAGCAGGACAGUAUCUGUUUAUGUUCCUCACUCAUGGAGUUUUAGCGAAGAAUCCCUCCAGUCGUGUGGCUCUUCUUCAUGCUACGUUUCCAGGACAGCUUUUUUUCAUCUCUUUGUAUGAAUUUUGUAGUCUUUUAUUAAAGACGUUACGACGACCAUCACGGCGACAAGAGGAAAACCCAGGGAGAUGCUUUUUGUUGUUGUCCUUUUAUCGUCUGCUGAAAACCGUUUUUUGAAACCCACCAUGUAUGUAUUCACACCAGGUGAAACACAAUUGAUGCAAAUUGUCCCCUGUGACAUUUUUUCCAGUUGUAUUUUCCGUUCUACAGAAGCUAGGAGUUGUCUGCUGGUUGGCCAACUGACUCAGUUCCAACAGGUGGAACAAACGAGCUGCUUUCGCUCUUCUUGUAAUAAGCCGGCAUUUUGUUUACUGGGAACCAGUAUACUAUGUAAUGGUGUUAAUCCUAACCUACAGCAAUGUUGGUAGAGAUAUAGGAAGCUAACAUUAUUUGUAGUUUUGUUUGUGUGUGUAAUUAGGUUUUAAUAUGCAUUUGUUUGUCUGCGGUUAUUGUGGAUGCGCUCCUUUUUAACCCCGUUUGGUCGACCAAGCCUUGACAACUUUACCGCUAAAUAUGCUCAAAGUGCAUUGGAUAGCUAAUAUGAUGUCAUUUUUGUUUGUGUUUAUAUAAAGCUUUGUGAUGAUACUCUACAACAGGAAGAAACCUCUUCUCUCCUCAUCCUUUAUCGAUGGGACCCUCAGCCACGGGCAGAGAGGUGUGUGGGGAUUUUGUGAAGAUAGAUAAUGGCACCCUAUUCCCUAUGCACUGCACUACUUUUGAUAAUCAGUGUUAUAACACUCUGCCACUAGCCGGUAUGUCCCUGAUAAUCAGUGUUAUAACACUCUGCCACUAGCCGGUAUGUCCCUGAUAAUCAGUGUUAUAACACUCUGCCACUAGCCGGUAUGUCCCUGAUAAUCAGUGUUAUAACACUCUGCCACUAGCCGGUAUGUCCCUGAUAAUCAGUGUUAUAACACUCUGCCACUAGCCGGUAUGUCCCUGAUAAUCAGUGUUAUAACACUCUGCCACUAGCCGGUAUGUCCCUGAUAAUCAGUGUUAUAACACUCUGCCACUAGCCAGUAUGUCCCUGAUAAUCAGUGUUAUAACACUCUGCCACUAGCCGGUAUGUCCCUGAUAAUCAGUGUUAUAACACUCUGCCACUAGCCGGUAUGUCCCUGAUAAUCAGUGUUAUAACACUCUGCCACUAGCCGGUAUGUCCCUGAUAAUCAGUGUUAUAACACUCUGCCACUAGCCGGUAUGUCCCUGAUAAUCAGUGUUAUAACACUCUGCCACUAGCCGGUAUGUCCCUGAUAAUCAGUGUUAUAACACUCUGCCACUAGCCAGUAUGUCCCUGAUAAUCAGUGUUAUAACACUCUGCCACUAGCCGGUAUGUCCCUGAUAAUCAGUGUUAUAACACUCUGCCACUAGCCGGUAUGUCCCUGAUAAUCAGUGUUAUAACACUCUGCCACUAGCCGGUAUGUCCCUGAUAAUCAGUGUUAUAACACUCUGCCACUAGCCGGUAUGUCCCUGAUAAUAAUCAGUGUUAUAACACUCUGCCACUAGCCGGUAUGUCCCUGAUAAUCAGUAUUAUAACACUCUGCCACUAGCCGGUAUGUCCCUGAUAAUCAGUGUUAUAACACUCUGCCACUAGCCGGUAUGUCCCUGAUAAUCAGUGUUAUAACACUCUGCCACUAGCCGGUAUGUCCCUGAUAAUCAGUGUUAUAACACUCUGCCACUAGCCAGUAUGUCCCUGAUAAUCAGUGUUAUAACACUCUGCCACUAGCCGGUAUGUCCCUGAUAAUCAGUGUUAUAACACUCUGCCACUAGCCGGUAUGUCCCUGAUAAUCAGUGUUAUAACACUCUGCCACUAGCCGGUAUGUCCCUGAUAAUCAGUGUUAUAACACUCUGCCACUAGCCGGUAUGUCCCUGAUAAUCAGUGUUAUAACACUCUGCCACUAGCCGGUAUGUCCCUGAUAAUCAGUGUUAUAACACUCUGCCACUAGCCGGUAUGUCCCUGAUAAUCAGUGUUAUAACACUCUGCCACUAGCCGGUAUGUCCCUGAUAAUCAGGGUUAUAACACUCUGCCACUAGCCAGUAUGUCCCUGAUAAUCAGUGUUAUAACACUCUGCCACUAGCCGGUAUGUCCCUGAUAAUCAGUGUUAUAACACUCUGCCACUAGCCGGUAUGUCCCUGAUAAUCAGUGUUAUAACACUCUGCCACUAGCCAGUAUGUCCCUGAUAAUCAGUGUUAUAACACUCUGCCACUAGCCGGUAUGUCCCUGAUAAUCAGUGUUAUAACACUCUGCCACUAGCCGGUAUGUCCCUGAUAAUCAGUGUUAUAACACUCUGCCACUAGCCGGUAUGUCCCUGAUAAUCAGUGUUAUAACACUCUGCCACUAGCCGGUAUGUCCCUGAUAAUCAGGGUUAUAACACUCUGCCACUAGCCGGUAUGUCCCUGAUAAUAAUCAGUGUUAUAACACUCUGCCACUAGCCGGUAUGUCCCUGAUAAUCAGUGUUAUAACACUCUGCCACUAGCCGGUAUGUCCCUGAUAAUCAGUGUUAUAACACUCUGCCACUAGCCGGUAUGUCCCUGAUAAUCAGUGUUAUAACACUCUGCCACUAGCCGGUAUGUCCCUGAUAAUCAGUGUUAUAACACUCUGCCACUAGCCAGUAUGUCCCUGAUAAUCAGGGUUAUAACACUCUGCCACUAGCCGGUAUGUCCCUGAUAAUAAUCAGUGUUAUAACACUCUGCCACUAGCCGGUAUGUCCCUGAUAAUCAGUGUUAUAACACUCUGCCACUAGCCGGUAUGUCCCUGAUAAUCAGUGUUAUAACACUCUGCCACUAGCCGGUAUGUCCCUGAUAAUUAGUGUUAUAACACUCUGCCACUAGCCAGCCACUUUGCCAGAAUAAAUAUAGACUUGGAGGACUGGACUACGCUUCUAUCACUCAAGAUUAUCCAUCCUGUGUGAGAGUGGUUGUGCCUACACACACACUGCACUCCCCCCUCAUGAGUUUGGUAGUACAGAAAUACAAUGUGGUUGUAUCGCCCCCUGGUGGUUUAGUUAAGUAAGUGCGGUGGAGGAGCAGAGUUGAGUGAAUGAGUAGAGGAGAUGUGUGUGAGAGCUGAGGAUUUGGAAUGUUUUUCCUCUGUUUAAUGCUGGAUCAAACUUUCCUUUUCUCCUAUAUAAUUAUUUUCACCAAAUGUUGUUUUAUUUAUGAUCCUCUGUGUAGUUAUUAUUUCAUAUUAUGGAUAUUUACGAUUAUUUUAUUGUAUUUCUGCUUAUUUAAUUUUGUACUAGGUACAUAAUAUACUUCAGUAGUUAUCAGAUAUUGGCCUAACAUUUUUUUUUAUACAGGUUUAUAUGAAAACUUUUAGGGUACAAGCUAACACUAUGAAGUAAAAAAUUAUGGGCGCGUUCCAGGCCGACUACAUUGCAGGUGUUGCAUAGCCGAUGUCUAUCCAGGCAUUGUGAGAUCUGGCAGGCGUCUGUAAUUUAGUCAGUCUGGAACGCGGCCAUUGACUGAUGUCUAGCUUGCCUUGUCUUUGCAUUUCUCCACUCUACAUGAUAUUGUGGUGUAAAUUAUUCUGUUUUUCCUACCUGUGUUUAUCUGUUUGUAUUUGGCCUGUUAUGAUGGAAUAGAGGAUCUGUUUAUUACUGAGUUAGUUGUGUUAAAAGAGAAAGUGACAAAGUUAAUAAAAGAUUGCCUAAAAGGUGA